GAAACUGAGAUGAACGAAGGAACAGAAAUAACAGUUGAGGAAAAGAACAUGAAAGAGCGAAAGCUAUCAUGGGCAAAGCUGCGCCGGGUAGACUCUUUGAAUAUAGAGGCUGGAAGAGUUUCAUCCUUUCAAAACCAUGCCUCCAAGGUUCACAUGGUGGACAAGUGACGUGGUCUAUUAUUCCAUUAAAAGGCUUCCACUUGUUUAAAAUGGUUGAGUUAAAUUUUUUUUUAAAAAAAAAAAAAAAACAGAAAUUGAUUACUGAUUCAGUAAUUUUAAACAAGUAGAAGCCUUUUAAUGAAAUAGUAGACAAGUAACGUGGUCCACUAGAGAACUAUAUAAUUUCUCGUAUUUUUUGGGUGUGGAGCAGGUGAAUUGGCAGAGUACAUUAAGUUUAGCAUUUCAGAGCAUAGGGGUGAUAUAUGGGGACAUAGGGACUUCACCGCUUUAUGUGUACUCAAGCACUUUCCCCAAUAGUAUUAAUGAUCAAGAAGACGUUAUUGGGGUGUUGUCUCUCAUCAUCUACACCAUUGUGCUCAUACCCAUGAUAAAGUAUGUCUUUAUCGUCUUGUGGGCCAAUGACAAUGGUGAUGGUGGAACAUUUGCACUCUAUUCUUUGAUACGCCGUUAUGCAAGGGUGAGUUUAGUACCAAAUCAAGAGCCAGAGGACAGGGAGCUAUCUCACUAUAGACUUGAAUUGCCAUCCAACCAGUCGAGACGAGCUCAUAAGAUCAGGGAGAUGCUUGAGAAAAGCAAAAGUGCACAAACUGUACUUUUCCUUGUUACCAUCAUGGGAACUUCCAUGGUAAUUGGAGAUGGGAUUCUUACUCCAUCCAUUUCAGUUCUUUCUGCGGUGAGUGGGAUACACUCUCUAGGCACAGGUGCUGUUGUGGGGGUUUCAGUAGCAAUCUUGAUCCUACUCUUUUCUGUUCAACGAUUUGGCACUGAUAAAGUGGGCUUUUCGUUUGCUCCUAUCAUCUUUGUGUGGUUUUUGUUCAUCAGUGGCAUUGGUCUCUACAACUUAUUCAAAUAUGACCUUGGGGUAUUACGUGCUUUCAAUCCAGCAUAUAUCGUAAAGUACUUCAAAAGAAAUGGUAAACGAGGAUGGAUUUCCCUUGGUGGGGUUCUUCUAUGCGUAACAGGGACCGAGGCCAUGUUUGCUGAUUUGGGUCACUUCAACGUUCGAGCAGUCCAAAUCAGUUUCUCUUGCAUUACGUUUCCUGCAGUAAUAUCUCAAUAUUGUGGACAAGCAGCGUACCUCAGGAAAUUCCCAGAGAAUGUGUCUAAUACGUUCUACGACUCCAUACCAGGACCAAUAUAUUGGCCAACAUUCGUUGUGGCUGUAGCUGCUGCCAUUAUUGCCAGUCAAGCUAUGAUAUCUGGGACAUUUGCAAUUCUCUCUCAAUCGCAAAGUUUAGGUUGCUUUCCUAGGGUCAAGGUCAUUCAUACCUCUUCAAAGUAUGGGGGUCAAGUUUACAUCCCUGAGGCCAACUACGCUCUCAUGAUUGCUUGUGUUGUAGUCACACUGGCCUUCAAGACUACUGAUAAGAUCGGCAAUGCAUACGGAAUUGCUGUGGUGACUGUAAUGUUAAUUACAACAGGUUUGCUUACAAUAAUAAUGCUAGUUGUUUGGAAGACAAGCAUAUGGUGGAUUGCUCUCUUCCUUGUAGUGUUCGGUUCAAUAGAGGGAAUAUAUCUAUCAUCUGUCCUAUACAAGUUCAUACAAGGUGGCUUCCUUCCGUUAGUCUUUGCCUUUGUCCUAAUGACAAUUAUGGGGAUUUGGCAUUAUGUACACAAACAAAGAUAUAUGUUCGAGCUCAAGAAUAAGGUUUCUAAUGAUUUCAUAAAAGAAUUGGCUACCAAACCAAAUAUUAACCGGGUACCAGGAAUAGCAUUCCUUUACUCUGAGCUUGUACAGGGCAUACCUCCAAUAUUUCCUCAUUUUGUCUCUAAUAUACCCUCCAUCCAUUCUGUUUUAGUGUUUGUCUCAAUUAAGUCCAUUCCAAUUAGCAAAGUUGCAAUGGAAGAGAGGUUUCUAUUUCGAAAUGUUGAACCAAGAGACUAUCGAAUGUUCCGCUGUGUUGUGAGGUAUGGCUAUAAUGAUGUGAUUGAAGAAGCCAAGGAAUUUGAGCGGCAAUUAGUGGAACAGUUGAAAGAAUUCAUCCAACUUGAGCACUUCAAGCUUCAAGGAGUGACCACUGAACAAAUGGCUGAGCCGGUGAACCUCCAGCAUUCCUCUCUAUUGGAGAAAGAUGGAAAAACAAAAGGAUCAACUAUUCACACUGAGGAAGCAGUGCAACAGCCUAAUCCAUCUCGUAUUUCAUCAAGUUCUAACUCCAUUCAAUCAAUCAAUGCUGUUAACUCGACAAAUUCUUCUAAUCGAAUUAUCUCUGUUCCCAUCCAGGGAGUUGAAGAAGAGAUUGUGUUUGUACAGAAAGCGAUGGAGAAUGGUGUGGUUUAUCUUCUUGGAGAAGUAGACGUGGUAGCAGAACAUGAAUCCUCCUUGUUGAAGAAGAUAGUAGUUAACUAUGCCUAUAAUUUCUUGAGGAAAAAUUUUAGGCAAGGGGAGAAAGUACUGGAGAUUCCACAUGGUAGGCUUGUCAGGGUUGGAAUGACAUAUGAUAUAUGAGUUUCUGAAUCUUUGUAAUAUCAAAUAAAUAUGUUGUGCAUAGACAGUUUGGCUUGAAUCUCGUUUAAGAUGGAAACAUGAUAGUCUGCUUCUCAAUAUGAAAAUAUGUAAAAUAUCUAGUUUGAUUUCUCAAGUUAUAAUGGAGAAUGUUUUAUGGGACUCAAA